AGAUACUCCGCGCGUUUCACGUCGUCGAAACUCAUUCCCAGCCACCAGAUCGGAUAUCCGGUUUUCCUCCAAAGCGACGCGCCACGACAUUACCGGUCGAUCUAUCAGGAUGAAGAAGCAAGGACAACAAAACGCUGCCUUCAUCGGGGACAAUGGCCAGGAAACGACUGAUUUUCAACGUCCAACGACAGAUGUUGACGAAAAGUAUCCGGACAAAUCGUUCAACCUCGAUUAUGGGAUCCAAGACGAUCGCAAGUUACCACUUUCUUUGUCUCUCUCGGAGGAAACGGUUGUCUCCGAAAACGAAGACAGGGCUACCUGGGGCAAUGGAUUAGAAUUCUUGAUGUCGUGCAUAGCCAUGUCCAUAGGUCUUGGCAACGUUUGGCGAUUUCCAUUCACUGCCUACGAAAAUGGCGGUGGAGUGUUUCUAAUACCUUACAUCAUCGUUCUUUUCCUCGUUGGGAAACCGUUUUAUUAUCUUGAGAUGAUCAUAGGCCAAUUCUGCAGCAGAUCUUCGGUGAAAAUUUGGUCGGCAGCACCUGGACUUCGAGGAGUUGGCUGGGCGCAAAUGUUCUCCACGAUAGCUGUAGGAACUUAUUACUGUUCCCUUAUGUCGAUAACUCUUUACUAUCUCAUUGGAAGUUUCCAAUCUCAGCUUCCUUGGUCCACGUGUCUGAAAGAAUGGGGAGAUUCUUGCAUCGAUUCGGCAGGAUCUUAUAACAUCAGCCAGAAAAACGGUACCGAGUUGAUAACCUCCGCUGAACUUUACUUUAGAAAAUCAGUAUUAAAAGAAAAGCAGAGCAUCGAUGACGGCAUCGGUUUGCCAGAUUGGAAGCUGACGUUAUGCCUGUUACUCGCGUGGGGCUGCAUAUUCGCCGUGCUGGCACGUGGAAUGAAGAGCUCAGGGAAAGCGUCCUAUUUCCUCGCGAUCUUUCCUUACAUCAUAAUGAUAAGUUUGUUGGUCAGAGCGGUAACCCUGGACGGUGCCGUAAACGGGAUCAUUUUCUUCAUCAAACCCGACUGGGACAAGUUGUUCGAUGCCCACGUGUGGUACGCGGCUGUUACGCAGUGUUUCUUUUCACUGUCUGUCUGCUUCGGUGGUGUCGUCAUGUAUUCCUCGUACAAUAACUUCAGACACAAUAUAUACAGAGACGUCAUAGUUGUGACCACGUUGGACACGUUCACCAGUUUAAUGGCCGGUUUCACCAUUUUUGGUAUCCUUGGAAAUUUAGCUCACGAACUGGGCACCGAGGACAUCAGCAACGUUGUCCGCGGUGGAACCGGUCUUGCUUUCGUCUCUUAUCCAGAUGCUAUUGCGAAGUUUACUGUACUACCGCAGUUAUUCUCCGUUCUCUUCUUCUUAAUGCUAUACGUCCUCGGCAUAGGAAGCGCCAUCGCUCUUGCAGGUUCUCUCAUCACGAUUAUCAGGGAUCAGUUUCCAAAUUUGAAAUACAUCUACGUCGUGCUCGGUACGGUUACGUUUGGAUUUUGCGCUGGAAUUAUUUAUUGCACACCUGGUGGUCAAUUCAUGCUGGAAUUGGUCGAUUACUAUGCAGCAUCUUUCGUGGUAUUCAUCUUGGCCACUCUAGAGAUAACUGGUAUCUUUUGGAUUUAUGGGUUAGAAAAUUUUUUGGAUGAUGUGGAAUACAUGUUGAAGAGAAGGCCAUCAGUCUAUUGGAGGUUCUGUUGGGGUGUGAUUACUCCACUUUUGCUGGCUGUGAUCCUAGUUUAUACCUUAAUCAGUCUGACACCCGUGACAUACAGUGGUAUCUCGUACCCUGAUAGUGCACAUGCUGCUGGAUGGACCAUUUGCGCAUUUGGUAUCCUACAAGUACCAUUCUGGAUGAUCUACGCCAUAAUGUCCAAAAGAAAUUUAUCCUCGUUCGAGAUGAUCAAGUCAGCCUUCGUACCAUCCGCGGAUUGGGGACCGAAAAACUCGAAAGAACUGGCCUCUUGGCGCGAAUUCAAAGAGAUGAGAAGAAAGAUUCGAGAGAAACGACAAUGUUCGAAAUUUAAGCAAUUCGUUUACGUAAUACUCUGCUGGGAGGACAAAUUGUGAUUUCGUUCGUUAUUUUAUUGUGAUUUAUUCACAUUCCAGAAUCCUUUUCGAUUCUGAAUCUUGCCGUCCUAGAAAUAAUUCAUAUCUGCGUAGUAUUUCUCGCCAUAACCACAUUCAAUCUACGCAAAAUUGCUAGACUGAAAAAUUAUUAUGUAAAAAGAAAAAGAAUAGAUGAGUUUUGAGUCUUCCAUA